UCUCUGGAUAACCACGCUCUCCCAACUUCCAUGUCAUCUAGCUCCAAUUCUCCCUCUAAAUUUCACCACCUGCCAUCGCUCUCUCUGUCUCGAGAUCGUUUUCACAGGUUCUUCAUGGCUCCUCUUUCAUCCGAUUCUAUCAACCCCCGAGAUGUUUGUAUUGUGGGUGUUGCCCGUACGCCAAUGGGUGGCUUCCUUGGUUCACUUUCAUCUUUCUCGGCUACCCAGCUUGGAUCCAUAGCUAUUGAAUGUGCCCUUAAGAGGGCGAAUGUUGAUCCCUCUCUUGUGCAAGAGGUGUUCUUCGGAAAUGUUCUAAGUGCAAAUUUGGGGCAAGCUCCUGCUAGGCAAGCUGCCUUGGGCGCUGGUAUACCGAACUCUGUUGUUUGCACCACUAUCAAUAAAGUUUGCGCAUCGGGCAUGAAAGCGACAAUGAUUGCAGCGCACACAAUCGAGUUAGGUCUCAAUGAUGUUGUUGUUGCUGGUGGUAUGGAAAGUAUGUCUAAUGCGCCAAAAUAUCUCCAAGAAGUAAGAAAAGGGUCCCGAUUUGGAAAUGAUACCAUCGUAGAUGGCAUGCUUAAAGAUGGUCUUUGGGAUGUUUACAAUGACUUCGCUAUGGGUGUUUGUGCUGAGAUAUGUGCUAGCCAGCAUUCCAUUACAAGAGAAGAGCAGGAUGCAUAUGCUAUUAAGAGCUUUGAGCGAGGACUUGCUGCACAAAAUAGUGGUAUAUUAUCAUGGGAAAUAGCUCCGGUCAAAGUUUCUUCCGGAAGAGGGAAGCCAUCCACAAUUUGUGACAAGGAUGAAAGCUUGGGAAAGUUCGAUGCUGCAAAACUAAGGAAGCUCAGACCAAGUUUUAAAGAGGAUGGUGGCACUGUUACUGCUGGAAAUGCUUCUAUCAUAAGUGAUGGUGCUGCUGCUUUAGUGCUGGUAAGCGGGAAGAAGGCACUUGAACUUGGUUUGGAAGUAAUUGCUUUCAUUAAAGGAUAUGCUGAUGCAGCUCAGGCGCCUGAAUUAUUUACAACGGCUCCAGCCCUUGCAAUUCCAAAAGCUAUCUCAAAUGCUGGUUUACAUGCCUCUCAAAUUGAUUAUUAUGAAAUAAAUGAAGCCUUUUCCGUUGUGGCUCUUGCAAACCAGAAGCUGCUUGGUCUUAAUCCUGACAGAGUUAAUGCUCAUGGCGGAGCUGUAUCUUUGGGUCACCCAUUGGGCUGUAGUGGUGCUCGGAUUUUGGUCACAUUAUUGGGGGUACUAAGACACAAAAAUGGCAAGUAUGGGAUUGGUGCUGUCUGCAAUGGUGGUGGAGGGGCUUCUGCUCUUGUUCUUGAACUCAUGCCUGCCAAAGCCACAAAACUUCGACAUUCCAAGCUGUGAUCCAAUCCAAAUUGGUCUUCUCAAAAGACAUAUAGCUGUUUGGUAAUAUCUCUCAUUUUAUACACUUAUGGAAGGAGGAGAAAUUAGUACAUCAUAUUUAAUACCCAAAAAUAAGGUCUGUUCUUUUGGUGUAAUAAAUGGUUUCGUUCUGAAUCCCAAGCUUGUGCAUCUAUAAAGUUGUGGAGGCUGUUCACUAGUAAUAUUAAAUAUCUUAGUUUCUAUU